ACCGUAAAAGAAGAAGCUACGUCAUCAACACUCGCCCCUGGUGCUUCUCUCCGAAACAGAAACGGAAGAUAUCAAACCAUACGUGAACCGGGAAUAUAUUACAGCUAUGACUGGAGGGACUGGUUUCUAAAGCGUGUUUCAUGACACUCUGUGACACGGGCACUGUGACGUUAUUCUCGUGCACCAGCACGCUUCACAGCUGUUGACAACAACUUGGCGCUAGCUGAAACAAGAAGCUAACCAAUUGGCGCGAUUUUGAAGAAGGGCAAUAACCAACCAAUAUUUAACAAGAUGGCCUGCAGCGCAACUGACGCGGCCAGCGAUGUGGCACGCGACUCUCCAGGAAACAGUGGCUCUUGCUCUGAUGAUGACGUGCCGCUCGUGAAGAAGCCAGGCAGGAAGGGGAAACAGUCACGUGGAAACGGGCACAGAUCCAGCACUAAGUCAGCAAAGGACAAAAGUGCUUCGGAUGAUUCUUCAGAUGACGAGCCUUUGAUAAAAAAGAAAACAGUCUCUGCUGCACCAGCUAAGAAACCAGAGAAAAAAGGCACCAAGUCAAGCAGAUCUAAUGGCACAAAUGACAAGAAAGCAGAUAUCAACUCGGAUGAUAGCUCCGACAAUGAGCCGCUCCUAAAAAUCGCCAAAAAGUCCCCCAAAGCGUCAAAGAAGCCUCUCUCAAGGCCUCCGAAAAAAUCUGUUAAUUCGAAGAAGAAAGAAUCGCUGGAUGACGAUAAUAGCUCGGACGAUGAGCCUUUGAUUGAACUCCGCAAGAAAAUUUACCCGAAGCGUAAGGCCUCUGGUACUCCCUUUAGAAAAACAGCUGCAGUAAUAAAAUCUAAAAGGAAUGCAGGAAGGGGAAAAGUUAAAUACGUAGAGUCUUCCAGCGACAGCUCGGAUGAUGAACUGCUGUCUUCUACAAGGAAGACACAGGCUCCCAAACAGCAAACGACUUCAGUAAACAGCAAGAAAACAAAACCUAAAGGCAAAUCCCCAAAAGAAGACCCAUCAUACUCAGACAGCCGCUCAGAUGAUGAUGAUGAUGAUGAUGAUGACGACGACAAGCCCUUGGUGAAGCUCGUUGCCAAGAAGAAGAAACCAGGGAAGAAAAACACAAAGAAGGCAACUGCGUCGCCAGGCAGAGGGUCAAGAAAGAGACGAGGACUCUCCGAUGAAAGUUCAGAUUCUGAACCCUUGAUUAAUAUCGGGAAAAAGAAACGUACAGACAAACGAACUCCAAACAAACCGAAGGCUUCACCUCCGAAAAAGAAAAACACAACUCCCAAAAAGCCAAGAAAGAAGUCUGAGUCAGAGCCGUCAAGCAACAGUUCAGACGAUGAACCCUUAACCAAGGCAGCCAAACACCCCCAAGUGACCAAAAUUCUGGACAUUAUACUUGAGAGGUGUGAUGGUGAAGAAACUGGGGACGCAGAGAGCCUGAAAAAAACCAGGAAAGAAACACAGAUUGAUAGGAAGACGUCGAGGGAGGAGUCUGAGGAAUCACCAGAAGAAGAAUAGGCAGCAACCUUUCAGCUGGACAGGGAAGUUAAAAGCACCUAGUGGUUAAAUGUUUAAAGGACUUCCUGAAGAGGAACAUCCUUAAAAAAAACAAAAUCACACUUAGUGGUCAUGUUAAGUGUUUUUUAUAUACAAUGCAUAUGUGUUGAUUUUAGGUGUUGAUAUUUUUACUCUCAUUUUAAAGUUUGGGACCAGUUUUUGUAGUUUCCCAAAGGAUUUUAUGCACAGUCUUUGAUGUUAUUUUACAAUUUGUGCCUGUUGUUUGCAUUGUCCAUCUCCUCUUGCUUUAAUGUUUAAAAAAAAAGAAAACAAUGUAACGCUCACUGAUAUUAAGUUACAUCUCUGCUUUCUUAUGAACUGUACGCUCAGCAUGCCGCGGAGAAUCUGUUGUGUUGGAUUAAACUGCUUUCACUGUGACAUUCAUAA